UGUAUAACUUUUUAUAUUUCAAGUAAUUAUUUCAUCAUGCCUGCAGAUUGUCAAAGAUCCACUUCUGGUGGAAAGGGAAAUCUUGCUAUGUUUGUUGAGAGAGAUCCUAAUGUGUGUGCAGCUGGAUUACCUACAGCUCAGCCUGACCAUCGUGUUUCGGAUUCCUUACAGCACUAUUUAUUAAACGAUGAAGUAGAUGCGCUUAUUAGUGAUGCAAUAAUACCUCCCAAGAAAUCAAAACCUUUUCCGCCACUGCGUCAUCCAAUACACCCGGACAAGCGCUACGAUGGGCUAUUUGGACAAGUUCCAGAGAUUAUUCACCCACCAGUCAAAACUAAAUUUCAAACACUUAUUGAAGACUUCAAAGACACGUCGUAUUCUUCAUAUUGGAAGAAACCACUUGGUCGCAUAGGUGAUAUUGUACCAAUGCUACCCGAGGGCUUUCAUACUUCGGAAACAACUUUUGGAAAGAAAACCGAUUUUCAUGGAAGACUAUACGAUAUAGUGAUGCCUAAGGAGUCUCUGGUAGAUAAAACACCUCAAAUAAAGAAACCUGGAUUUCAAGCAGAGCGUGGCUAUUGUAAUCCUCCGUAUACUCCAGAAUUGACAUUUGGCCAUCGAACAUUAGUUGAUAAACGUGGUGUUUACGCUAAAUGUUGCUUAACUGAUGAUAGAACUUUACUUGGAACAAGUAAAAGAACAAUGUUAAAUACAGUUCUAUCAAAGUUCCAGGGGGUCAAACAAAGUAGAAUUGGUACAGUCUUAGCACCAAAUGAUAACAUCAGUAAUUUAUCUGAAGGACAUACUUUUGGAAAAUUAAAACCCCCUGACAAUUUGGCAGAAUGUCUCACGUAUUAUGACAUCAAUCCUAGUCGAGACUUUUUAAGAAAAUGUCUAGCUCAUCUCAAUUGUUUACGGAAAAAUUUGUCAAAACGCUUUUUACCAACGUUUUUCAGAGAUUUUUAUUUACAUCUUAAAUAUGAUGACACUGAAAAGUCUGGUUGGCUUCCAAAAGAAGUUGUGUAUAAACAAUGUUCGUCAAGGUUGAUACGGUUUGAUUCUUCGUUAAUCGAACCGUUGAUAGAUAUGUGGCAAGCUUUCGACGGUUCACGAAUUGAAUAUAAGACAUUUGUUCAUGUAAUUAAUUACAGAGAACCAUCCCCAGAAAUUCCUAAAAUACCAGAUUUUCCAUUAGAAUGCCUUGACUUUAGCACAACCUACACCGAUAUGGUCAAACCAGCACAAGAAGUUGAUAAAAGGAAAAUGGCAGGUUUACCAUCCGGUAGGUAUUUCGAUUUAGAUUAUCCCAUAACACCAGAAAGGUGUUGUAAAGCUGAUAGAGCGUAUUUUUCACACGAAUCCGAUAUGAAGGCUUGUUUAUCUCCGAGUGUAUUUACGUUACUUCAUGUAAACCAUAGAGACAUGUAUGCUAAGCGUGAACCACAUGUGGUGAAACGGGUUUUUGAAGCUACUGGUGAAUCAUUAAAUGAUGAAAAGUUUAACGCUGUGUGGAAAGAAGCCCAAAGUUACCAUUCACAAGGGUGGGUCUGUUACGAAACAUUCAAAAAUGCCUUACAAAUUUACUCUCAGAAUAAUAAGGAAAUGGUAAAAUAAAAACUACUGUAAUAAAUUCCCAAAAUUAGACCACAUUAUUUUUAUUUUGACCAUAAAUCAAUAUUCCUUUAAUUGAUUAAACAUUCCUUAAUUAGGAUUUAAG